UCGAUAUUCAUUGCAGCCUAAGCCACUGCUAUCGCCAGAACUGUCCCACCUCCGCCCAGCCGGUGGCAGCACGUCGCCAUUGAAAGGUGGCGCGUGUGAAACUUAUCUCUCAGGCCACCUUUCAAAUGCGAUAACGGUAAGAGUGUUGAGGGAGAUGGGUCAGGGCCUGAGCUGCGGAGAGCCUCGUGAGAAUGGAGUCUUUGGAGCUGUGGAGAAUGGGGACCUGGAUCUCGUUGGAGCAAUGGUGGAAGCUGACCCAAGUGUUUUGGAGCUGAGCAAAGGCCGCAGCCGGCUGUCCGCUCUGCAUGUCGCCGCUGCAAAUGGCCGGAUCGAGGUUCUCGCUAUGCUGUUGGAUCGGUCUGUUAUCAAUCCAGAUGUGGUGAAUCGAUACAAACAGACUCCGUUAAUGUUGGCUGCAAUGAAUGGGAAUAUCACUUGUGUCCAGAAGCUUAUCCAAGCGGGAGCAAAUAUAUUGAUGUUUGAUUCCCUGAACGGAAGAACCUGCCUGCAUUACGCUGCAUACCAUGGCCAUUCAGACUGCCUUCAAGCCAUUCUCUCCACCGCGCAUUCCACCCCUGUUGCAAAUUCUUGGGGAUUUGCGAGAUUUGUGAACAUAAGAGAUGGAGGUGGUUCAACCCCAUUGCAUUUAGCUGCCCGCCAAAGAUGGCCAGAGUGCGUUCAUGUUCUUUUAGACAAUGGGGCUCUUGUUUGUGCUUCAACUGGUGGAUAUGGCUACCCUGGAAGUACACCACUUCACUUAGCUGCUCGUGGUGGAUCCUUAGAUUGUGUCAGAGAGUUACUUGCUUGGGGAGCAGAUCGGCUUCAAAAAGACUCUUCUGGGAGAAUACCAUAUACAGUUGCUCUGAAGCACAAGCAUCAAGCUUGCGCAGCCGUAUUGAACCCUUCAUCAGCAGAGCCUCUUGUCUGGCCAUCGCCUUUGAAGUUCAUCAGCGAGCUGAAUCCAGAGGCUAAAGCUUUGUUAGAAAAGGCAUUAACGGAGGCAAACAUGGAGAGGGAGAAAACUAUCUUGAAGGAUACAGUUUACUCACUUCCAUCUCCUCUGCAUUCAGAUGCAGAGGCUGAUGAUAAUGCCUCUGAGGCUAGCGAUGUGGACCUGUGCUGCAUAUGCUUUGACCAGUUAUGCACAAUUGAGGUCAGACCAUGUGGUCAUCAAAUGUGCGCGCAUUGUACCCUUGCUCUAUGCUGCCACAAGAAGCCCGAUCCAUCAUCUACUUGUCCUACAGUCCCAGUUUGCCCCUUUUGCCGAACCACCAUUACCCAACUAGUUGUUGCCAACAUUAAGGCCAACAAUGACGUGGAUCCGGAAAUGAGUCCCACAAAGCCAAGGAGAUCAAGAAAGUCUAAUGUCAGUGAAGGCAGCAGUAGCUUCAAGGGGUUGUCUCCCAUGAGCUCAUUCGGAAGGAUGGGAAGUCGCAGUUCAGGGAAGGUAGCUGCCGAGUGCAAUGAGGAGAUCCAUAAGCUUUGACAAUUGGAGAUAUGGACUUGUUCUCUUUGAACCUGUUGAUAGUGCAGCAGAUGAAGGAGCUUGUUGUCUUGGUUUUGCUCGGGAAGAUGGAGAGGGAUCCUCAGCGGUAUGUUUUCCAAUUCGUUUGGAGGGUCUUAGUUGCUAAAGAGCAUAUGAGAAUAUAGAUGUCCUUCAGUAACCUGGAUCUCCAGGUCUUGUUUCUUUGAGUCAUUUGAGUCUGUUUUUCUUUAAAUUAAAGAAGCAGCAAAACUUUCAAGGGUUCCUCACCCAAUUAUAAAUAUAAUUCUCCAUUAAAUAAAUAAAAGUUCAAUUACAUUACCCUUUUCA